AUGAAUGCGUUUCGACCCUUCUUUCGCCAGGGCGCUGAUUGGGCGUUUGUAGGACACAGCUCAUCGUUCCCAGACAUUGGGGCUGAUGAUGCCGGCAACCUAUCAAAAUUUCGGCAGUGCAACACAAAGUCAAUACCGGGAUGUAAAGCGUUCCAUGUUUCAAAAGAGAAUAGCUCCAAGUCGGAAGAAGUACCCGUUGGAGAUGAUGCCCUCGCAGGCGAGUUGACGGAUCAAGUUCUCGUCUUUCAGUACAAGGGCAAAUUCCAUGCCGUCGAUCAUUCCUGUCCUCAUUCCUCAUACCCUUUAUCACAAGGCACUCCAUUCGAUAUUGAAGACUUUGGGAUGGUUCUUAGCGCAGGAUUGACUUGUCCCAAACAUGGCUGGUCCUUCGACGUGUUUUCUGGAAUGUCUGAUAGAGGAUCCUAUAGACUCAAGGUGUGGGAGGUCCAAUUACGAGAUAUCAAAGAGACAGAGCCUGCCGAGAAAGUAGAGGGCGUGUCGGAAGGAGUAGAUAAAGAGGUUUGGGUGAGAAGGAAACAAAGAAUCGGUUAG